CACGACGACAACACACUGACAAGUGAGAGAAGGUUUGCAAACUUUUGACCAGGGAAGUUAAAUCUAGAAAGACUGUAUUUUCACCAAACAGCCAGUGAAACCUUCGACACGACAGUUUUCCUUAGAUCUACGAUAUUCUUUGGUCUGUACACGAAGUUUCCAACGAUGAGCUUCCUAUUUGGCAGUCGUUCCUCUAAGACCUUUAAGCCGAAGAAGAACAUCCCAGAGGGCUCCCACCAGUAUGAGCUGUUGAAGCAUGCCGAGGCAACACUGGGGAGUGGGAACCUGAGGCAGGCUGUCAUGCUGCCAGAGGGGGAAGAUCUCAAUGAGUGGAUUGCUGUUAACACUGUGGACUUCUUCAAUCAGAUCAACAUGCUCUACGGCACCAUUACUGAGUUCUGCACUGAGACCAGCUGCUCUGUGAUGUCUGCCGGACCAAGGUAUGAAUACCACUGGGCUGAUGGCACCAACAUCAAAAAGCCCAUCAAGUGCUCUGCUCCCAAGUACAUAGACUACCUGAUGACCUGGGUGCAGGACCAGCUGGAUGAUGAGACACUCUUCCCCUCCAAGAUAGGAGUGCCCUUUCCUAAGAACUUCAUGUCUGUGGCCAAGACCAUUUUGAAGCGCCUGUUCAGAGUCUAUGCCCACAUCUACCACCAGCAUUUUGAUUCUGUGAUGCAGCUGCAGGAGGAGGCCCACCUCAAUACCUCCUUCAAACACUUCAUCUUCUUUGUCCAGGAGUUCAACCUCAUUGAUCGUCGUGAGCUGGCCCCCCUGCAGGACCUCAUUGAGAAGCUGGGCUCCAAGGACAGAUAAACUCCUUUCUCUUUCUCAUCCCCCCUCCUCUCUCUAUCUCACUCUCGCUGUGCCUACCACCUCUCUGGCUUUCUAGAAUUGUCCACUCUUUCACUUUGUGCCUUUUUCUUUCCCCUCUUUCUCCCUCCAUUCAUUACCUGUAUGUUUUUUGUUCUGUUCCAGUUUCUUGCUCUUCCCUCUAGUUGUCUGACAUUGUUUCAGAGCUUGUAUUGUUACAGCUCACUCUAGUCUUUAAGGUAAGAUACCAGAGUGUAGUAUAUUGAAGGUAUAUUUUGUAAUUUUGGUAAACAAGUUAUAUAAUUGGGACCUACUGACCUGUACUAUGGACCAAGAUGUUUAAGGAGUUUAAAUGGAAGUUUGGACACACCUACUCAUUCAAGGGUUUUUCUUUUCUUUUUACUGUUUUCUACAUUGUAGAACUAUGAAAA